AUGGAUGUUUUCAAGGAUAACGCUCUCGAUCGAGCUGAUGCCGCAGAAGAAAAAGUACGACAGAUGACGGAUAAAUUGGAACGGAUCGAGGAAGAGCUUCGAGAUACACAAAAAAAGAUGAUGCAAACGGAAAAUGAUUUAGAUAAAGCACAGGAGGAUUUGGCUGUUGCAAAUACCAAUUUAGAGGAUAAGGAAAAGAAAGUUCAAGAAGAUGCUUAA